AUGUCGCUCCUCCGGCCGUUCAAGGCCACGGACCUGUUCACCUUCAACUCGGUCAACCUGGACCACUGGACCGAGACCUACUCGCUGGCCUUUUACUUUUCCUACCUGACCCAGUGGCCGGACCUCGUCUACACGCAGCUCUCGCCCAGCGGCACGACGAUGGGCUACGUCGUCGGCAAGGCCGAGGGCCGCGAGUCGACGACGGGCGCCAUGGGCCGCACGCGGCCGCUCAAGGACCGCCACGGCCACGUCACGGCCAUCACGGUCGCGCCCGAGUACCGUCGGCUGGGCCUGGCAAAGGGCAUGAUGGACCUGCUGGAGCGCGCGAGCGCAACGACGUACAACGGCUAUUUUGUCGACCUCUUUGUCCGGCCGUCGAACCAUGUCGCAGUGGCCAUGUACGAGGGUCUGGGCUAUGGCGUCUACCGAAAGGUCAAAGAGUACUAUCAAGGAGGCGGUCAGGCAGGUCGGGACGAGGAUGGAUUUGACAUGCGCAAGGCACUGCCCAGAGAUACAAAGAAAGAGACGGUGCGCGAUGGCAAAGUGGGCCGAAAUACUGUCGUCAGCCCAGAAGCCACCUAUUUUGAGCCGUUUCCCAAACCAAGACGAUGAUAGAAAUACAAUUGCCAGCUCAUAAAGAUGAUGACGAUGACGACCGAUGCAGUACUUAUGUAGGCAUGCACUUAGUAAUAGUGAAUGGCCUGUCUCCUGAUCCUC